AUGGCGCAACAAAUUGACACGGCAAUUCAAUACCACGGAAAAAAGCGCCCCGCAGAAAGCGAGCCCGAAGACCAACCUCUGGCAAAAAGGUUUGGACAGUUACACAUAGAGUCCAUUGCGAACCUCAAUGGCCUCAGACAUGAUGAACCGCCGACACAUACACAGAAUACGCCAAAUUUAGCUGACCAAAUGCUAUUGGAUGAUACAAAAAAUACGGUCUUCAUUCAUGAUAUUGAUCGCGAGUUAGCAGAAAGCAAUACCCAAGAAGACACCAUCAGUAUCUUGCCAGGGGUUGCAGGGACACUGUUGUCUAUACCGAAUACUCUCAUCGCAGACACUAAACCCCAAAGCCAUGAACUGGUUCUUUAUCGGGAACCAAAAUCACUAUCAAUACCGGAAGAACAAGACAAUGUGCGGCGAGCGAUAGCUGAAACGCGGGCACGGGCAAGGCAAGCGAGGUUGGACCAUCCACCUGCAACCGAGAGCAGCGCAGUCAAAAGUGAUUUGGGAAUCAUAAAUGAUUAUGAUGGUGAUGUUAUGGACAUAGACCCUGUACUCUAG